AGAUAUAUUUUGUUUAGAGUCGUUUUUAUUUUCUAUAAAAUUCUUUAUGCAGAAAAAAUUUAAAAUAAAUACAUAUUUCGUCGCGUUAUUUACAUGAGUUUCGUAUCGGGAGGGUAUUGCUCUCGGUCUGAGAGCGAGGAAAGCAUUGUACAUAAGCAUAAUCGAUGGAAAGGUAUUAUCGGAAGGCGGCUUGAUAUAGUAAUUUUUGGGGCAACUGGAUGUGCGGGACGUUUUACUGUUCUGGAAGCAGUGAAAGUUUUAAGAUCUUAUUCAUGGGGCAUUGCGGGGAGAAAUAAACAAAAAAUGGAACAAUUGUUACAAGAAAUUGGUAUUCGAUCCCGAAAAAAUUUAUCCCAAAUUCCUGUCAUUCCAGCAAACUUAAAACAUAAAAGAUCGCUUUAUAGCUUGGCAAAAAAGUGCAGAGUUCUAAUCAAUUGUUGUGGGCCCUACGAAACAUAUGGUGAAAAUGUUAUCAAAGCUUGUAUAUUCGCAAAAACGCAUUAUGUUGACCUAUGUACUGAAUCUCACUUCAUAGAUACUAUACACUACAAGUUCGACGAACUAUCUAAACGGAAAGGUGUAUAUGUUGUAAUGGGUUGCGGAUUACAAAGUUUACCUGCAGAAAUUGGCAUCAAUUACAUGAAACAUAAUUUUAAGGGUACUAUAAACAGCAUUGAUGCUUAUGUUGAAUUUUGGACGAAAAAUCCAUGGGUCUUGGGCUCAAUUGCAAACAACAACGUUUGGGCAAGCUUUAUUCUGGCGAAUCGAAAUAUGAGACGAUAUCGAAGAAGAUUGCUACCACAAAUGUAUCCUAAAGCUCCACGAACGAACAUUUUAAGUGAGUCAGACGUUAUUUUGGGAUUUUGCGUUCCGGCGCCAACCGUUGAUCAAGACAUCGUCGACCGUAGUCAACAGUACUUUUGGGAAGAGAAGAAUGAGAGACCCAUUCAAUAUAACAAUUAUUUUACUUUUUCAAUUUCAUCCAGAUUUCGCGCUAGCCGUCAAACAUAUUUUUUAUUUUCAAUAAAUCCCGCCAUCGCAUUUUUGCUUUUAUGUUGGUAUUUUUUCAUUUUAAUACUUACUCAAUUUGCCUGUACUCGUCGUUUAUUAUUAAAAUGUCCCCGCUUAUUCUCCUUUGGCCUGUUUUCUUCGAAUGGUCCAAUGGAAGACAAUGUAGAUGAGACCUUUUUUCGAAUAACAUUCAAAGCGAAAGGUUGGGACAAAAGCAUGAAGUCAAUUCAACACAUAUUUCCCGAAAAUCCUGAUAAAGUUGUAGUGGGCAGGGCAAGUGGUGCAUGCCCCUUUUAUGGAAUAGCAUGUGUCUGUCUAUUAGUGUCCGCCGUAACUAUAUAUAAUGAACAUUCGAAAUUUCCUCAUCGGGGCGGAGUUUAUACCCCUGGAGCAGCGUUUGCGCACACGAAAAUUAUAAACGAACUUAAAAAAUAUGAACACGGAUUAUUCUUCGAAAUAAUAUCCACUAAUUGAAAGAUAGCACAAUUUUAAGUAAUUAUAUGCAGAAACAAUAAAGAACAUGCAACACUACUGAGAAGACCGACAGAGGAGUUGGCAACGCGGCAACAGUGUGUUGAUUGUCAAAUUGUUCUUGUUUUCGUUUGCGUAUGGGAGCAAAAUAUCAAAGGCAAAGAAUUUCACAACACCGCGUAUCGUAUAAACACAAGUAAUUUUUAUUUAAAUAUCCCAAUAAUGUCUUUAACUCGCGCCUCUAAAUUACUCCAAACUCAGUUGACACGCAUUCAAAGUGUCCCAGCAGUUUUUUACCAUGAAAAU